AUGGUAAUCAAGCAUAAAACUCAGAGAGGUGCUCUGCAGCAGCUCUCCGUGCACUCUCCACCGCUGCCAACGUUGGAUCUUCUUCUGAUCUCAUUGUUGGAGGCGGAAUGCAGAACACCGGUUCUGACACGACUCUGCAAAUACAUCUCGGACAGCAGGGCAGGUAUGCAAGGGAUACUCCCCAUGGUAGAUCCUGUGGAGCAGCCCGGCUUCAUCAUCAUCUUCAGGAAGUUGAUGGCGAUAUACAGGUGUCAGCCAGGUCGGAUCUGGGUCUUCUUCAGCCUCCUCAUCCUCCUUUUAGUCACGCUUCAGGCUGUGGAGAAGCUGCAGCCCCCUAGAAACUGCCGCUGCGAGGUGGAGCGUGACCUGCAGCAGACCACGGAGCGCAGCCAGAAGAGGCUCAGCCCUGCCCUCCAGACCCCCGACCUGCUGUGGGAGGACCAUCCCCUGCACUGGCAGAGGAAAGCCAUGCUGGACCCCACCUCCACAGAGAGCGUGCAGGAAGUUUUUCAGAUGCAUCCGUACUUCAGCCGAGAGACCCCACCGGAACGCAGCCCAGGCAGCCCAGAGGAGCGCUGGCCGUGGCAGCCUGUGGAGAGCAGCGAGAAGCUGAAAGCCCAUCCUUCAUCCACGAGGCUGAAAUCCCAGCUUCCUGGCCUAAGAACAGCAAUCCGAGAGGGUCCUUCUCCAAGUCCUUCUGGGAGAAUCUCAGCAGUCUGGGGAGAUGCUGAUGCUGUCACCAAGAAGUUCAUGAUCUUUGCAAACUGGAAGACCACAGAGGAGUAUGGGGGAACAUCACCAGCAGGGAUAAGGCAGGUGGUGACACAGAGCCAGGCUGAGCAUCAAGACACACGUACCCCCCACCAUCAGUGGGACACCUUGCUUAAACCCUCCUUGCCAAAUUCAGCUCAACCUCCACAAGCGGAGGACUUCCACAAGACAGACCCAGAAAGAGGAUUUUUCCCAAGUUGGACAGAAGUCUCUAAGGCUGUUGAGGUGAUUUUUGGAGAAGACCAGCAGACCAAACAGCUGUCCUCGCAGAGGGAGACCUGUGAGCCCAAAACUGACAUCGUUUUCCUCAAAGUCCACAAGAGCGCCAGCAGCACUGUCAUGAACGUCCUCUUCCGCUUUGGCGAUACGCACAACCUCACCUUCGUCUUCCCCAUCGGGGGUGGCAACCAACUCCACUACCCCCACCACUUCUUAGCGAAGGCCGUGCAGGGCUUCUCACCAGGGAGCCCCCGGAGGUUCAACAUCCUCUGCCACCACAUGCGAUUCCUGCAGCCAGAGGUGCAGAAAGUGGUGUCCAGCUCAGCCGUCUACUUUUCCAUCCUGAGGAACCCUGUGCAGCUCAUGGAGUCCUCCUUCAUGUACUACAAGAGCACGUCAGCUUUCUCCCAUGCUCGAAGCCUGGAGGAGUUCCUCAGCCAGCCCUACCGCUACUACAACCCUGAAAGAGGCGACAGACACUACGCCAGGAACCUCAUGGCAUUCGACUUUGGAUUCAAUCCUGACGCAGAGGUCUCGGCCAGGCGGGUGCAACUCAUGCUGAAGGCCAUUGAGGCAUCUUUUGACUUGCUCCUCAUCUCCGAGUACUUUGAUGAGUCCAUGGUGCUGCUGAAGGAGCUGCUGUGCUGGGACCUGGACAGCGUUGUCUACUUCCCACUAAACAGCAGGGACAGCAAGACCAAGGCCACCCUCUCAGCUGCCAUAGUGGAGAAGAUAAAGGACUGGAACAGGCUAGACUGGGAGAUCUACACCCACUUCAACAGGACUUUCUGGGAAAGGAUUGACCGAGACUUUGGCAGGGAGCGCAUGCAGCGGGAAGUAAAGGCACUUCGGGAGAGGCAGGCAGAGCUGGCGAGGAUCUGCCUGCAAGAGAUGGGCAGCGUGGCCCCAAAGGACAUCCAGGACCCUUCCCUGCGGCCGCUGCAGCACGGCAGCGCCAAGAUCUUGGGCUAUAACAUCAAACGGGGCUUGGAUAAGGAGACAGAGCGCAUGUGCCGGCGGCUGGUGACCCCAGAGCUGCAGUACAGCGGCGCUCUCUACAAGAGGCAGUUUGCCCAGAAGCCCCCCCAGACCCACCAGGGCGCUCCUUCUCGGCAGAGCAACGCUCUGCGGCACAGGCUGGAGGGCCCCCAAAACUGAGCCUCCUUGUCCCCUCCAGGCAUCUUUCUCCUGCCUCCUCUGCUGAGGACGGCGAGGCGCUCGCCCCCUGGGCUCGGGGGCUGCUCCUGCCCCGGGGGGCAGCGGCUGGGACGCUGCCACCCACCGGAGCCCCUGCCCACCUCCGGCUGUGCAGGACUCCACGAGGCUCUCGGGACCACGCGCUGCCGGUGCCGCGGAGCAGGACGGGCUGCGACGGGAGCUCGCGGGGACUCAGCCAAACCCCCACCUUGCAGAAGGUGACCUGGGGGGUCUCAUUGCGGCAGCGAGGGGCACAACCAGGAGGGCGACCCGAGUCCUCAGCACAGCACUUGGGACCGAUAAGACACGGUUCCA